AUGAUCAACUUCUUGAAAUAUACGUUCGCAAUUGUGUUACUUGGCUACUAUUGUGAUGGUACAUUAGCAGUCGUUGAUGAUCAACCUGAUAGUACUCCACCUGAACGUUAUACAAUUACACACGAAGCCGUAUUUGAUAUUGUUGUACGAGAAAAUGCAGAAAGCACGGAAAUUUUACAGAGUGGUCAGAUUAUAAUCGGAUUAUUUGGAGAUAUUGUUCCUAUGACGGUUUUAAAUUUUGUUAGUAUCACAAAUGGACUUUAUCGUAGUCAGACAAACUUUACAUACAAAAAUGUACCGUUUCAUCGAGUUGUUCGAGAUUUUUGUAUACAAACAGGUGACUUUAUUAAUAGAGAUGGAACGGGAAGUAUGAGUAUAUACGGUAAAAAAUUUGUUGAUGAAAAUUUUCGUCUUUCUCAUAUGUCCGAAGGCUGGGUAUCAAUGGCCAAUUAUGGAAAAGACACCAACGGUUCUCAAUGGUUUAUUACAUUAGUACCUGCGCGAUGGUUAGAUGGACACCAUGUCGUGUUUGGACGUAUUCUUCAAGGAAUGAAAUUUAUUCAUGAACUAGGUGAAAUUCCAACAUUUAAAGAAACAGCAAUGCCAAAAAAUUACAUUGAAAUUACAAAUUGUUCAGCCAAAGAUGUACAACGAUACGAUUUAACCAAAGACGAUCUGAUAGCAAAUCAAGACAUAAUUGUGGCAUAA